UAACUCUCCAUUUGUUUAGCUUCCAACACAAGCUGAAGCUGCUUCUGCUGCACACUAACACUAUAGAAGUCGUUACUUAAAAACCGCCCAAGCCAGUCGUUUCUAAUUCCAUGCUAGUCUCCACACUCCUUUCGAGAUAUCACAUACUCUUUUGUUAUUCACAUUACAUUUUCUCUUUUCCUUUCCAUAACAUAUCUGCAAAUAGCCAAAUCAAGGAUUUGAUUUAGAAGAACAGUCAUGUUGGAGGUUAAAAAGGAGCUCAACGAUUUCAAUUUUGAUUCACGGCUUCCAGAUGGACUCAAUUUAUGUUUUUCUUCUUCUCCCAAUUGCAACACCGAUACCUUUCUUCAGGAAUCAACCCCAAUUGCAGGGACAACAAAAGCACGAGCUAGACGCUGGACAGAAGAAGAGGACAAACUUUUGAGUGAGAAGGUCAAGAAGCACAAUGGAAGGAACUGGAAGAAAAUAGCUGCAUACCUCCCUGGGCGAACUGACGUCCAAUGUUUGCAUCGCUGGCAAAAGGUUUUAAAUCCUGAUCUUGUAAAGGGUUCAUGGACAAAGAAGGAAGAUGAUCGCCUCAUUGAACUGGUCAGAAAGUAUGGUAUCAAGAGAUGGUUUUUUAUUGCAAAAUACUUGCCAGGUCGUAUUGGAAAGCAAUGCCGAGAGAGGUGGCACAAUCAUCUUGAUCCAACCGUAAAGAAGGAUGCAUGGACAGAGGAGGAGGAACUAAUACUUGCUUACUAUUACCAAAUAUACGGCAGUAAGUGGGCAGAAAUUGCAAGGAUUCUUCCCGGAAGGACUGACAAUGCUAUAAAAAAUCAUUGGAACUGCUCAAUGAAGAAGAAAUUGGAUGCAUCACCCUUAGGGUGUGACAUAAAAGUUGCCUCUUCCGGUUUCUGUGCUUCUGGAAUAAGGCCUGAACAUGUUGUGGCUAAAGUGGAGGGUCAAAGUUUCAAUGGAAUGGUUUCUCCCAAGCAGAGUCACUGGUUGAAUCGCAGUGUUGAUAACAUUCUAACAAAAUUGAUUCUUCAAAAUGAUUCAGGAGAGGAAUCUUGCUCUGCUUCAUCCAGGGGGACUCCUACUCCUAGGGCCUCAAGACAGUUUUUGGAUAAUUCUCUGGAUUGUUUACCUCUUUCCAGUACUGUUACAGAUGAGGCCUAUGAGUCACUGAAACGGCAAAAGGUUUAUUUUUCAGAUACAGAGCUUAAAGUGGGUGAUGAAUCUGACAGUCCCCUUUUGAAUUUGAGCUACUCAAAAUCUGCCAACCGUGAGAAGAAAGGUCAAGCUGGAAAUGGAGGCAAUUACAACUCAAACAACACUAUGCCACAUAGUGUAGAUGAAUUCAGUGAAUGUCUAAGUCCAAAAACACACAUGGCAUUGGCAUGUGCAUACAAUAACGGUUGUACUCCCCCAACGUCUAUACUCAAGAAUGACACAGGCGACAUCAACCCAGAAACUUUGCUAAGAAACUUAGCAAUGACCUAUGAGAAUGUUCCUUCUAUUAUAAGGAAAAGGACACCCAAGAAGGCAAGCUGUUGUGACCGUGACCAAGCACCUUCGAGAAUGAUCGUAAAUUCUCCUGAAGCAGAAUGUGUUAUUGGCUUAGAUAAUUUAAAACUGAACAGGGGGUUUAUUCCAUUCCUUCGUAGACCAAAUACUCAGCCAUAGCUAGAUCUAUGGAAGGAUGCAUAAAAUGACAGACAUGAUAUGCUAGUCAAUUGUAAUGCUCCUUUGACAUAGCAGAAUUGUUUAAUACAGUUUUUACACUAGCUCAACUUUAUUCAAACUCGAAUUGAACUUCUUUAUUCUUAAUAAUAUAUUUUUUAUUGUAACACUA